AUGAAUGAAAGUGAGUGCAGUUGGACGUGUCCACCCUUUGAAUACUCUAGCAAGUACUAUCAUGUGUCUGAAAAUGGAGGUGGAUGUGUGAGACAAACAAGUUUCUUUCAAGGAAAACCUCUUCUUAACCAAGGAGUUGGAUAUUCAAUCAUUCUUGGUUUUGGUGCUUUCUUUGCUCUCUUCACCUCUUUCUUGGUAUGGCUGGAGAAAAGGUAUGUCGGCUCACGCCACACCUCUGAAUGGUUCAAUACAGCAGGAAGAAAUGUUAAGACAGGACUCAUUGCUAGUGUCAUUGUGUCUCAGUGGACUUGGGCUGCUACAAUCCUGCAAAGCUCGAAUGUUGCUUGGGAGUAUGGAGUUAGUGGACCUUUCUGGUAUGCUAGUGGAGCCACCAUUCAAGUGAUGUUAUUUGGAAUUAUGGCUAUAGAGAUUAAAAGAAAGGCUCCUUAUGCCCAUACCGUGUGCGAAAUUGUCAAAGCCCGGUAUGUUACUUUGUUUACAUACCAAAGUAGUGUUACAAUUGUCCCAGACCUUGAACAGCUAUAG